AUGGCAAAUGUAACAGGUGUUGAUGAAAAAACAAGGAAACAUUGUGAACUACGAGGUUUUCUCGUUGUUUCCAUGGAUAAUCAUACUUUUGUUACUAAAUACUGUACGAUCGUCGAUGGAAUCUUUCGUAUACAUAAAUCCCGUUUGAGCGAACAAACGGAUCAUGAAUUGUGCUUGAAACGUUGUAAAUUAUCCUUUCCUGAAGAACGAACACGUGAUAUUCAGUUUGCACUGAUCGAUGAACAAGGCGAAACUAUUUUCAUUCGUGGAAAUAAUAUCUACAGCAUGGGAAGGCUAUUGAACACAUUAGCAAAAUACGUCGAAAUCAAAGGUAGUUCACAAUUUGUCUUUACAGCAGGUGGAAGUACAACAUCGACUCCAUUGAGUAAACAUCGGCAAUCGUCGAUAAGUUCGUCUCAACCCCAUAUUUAUUCCGACGUUGAUAGUUCGUCAGGAACGAUAAAUUGUCCAUCGAAUGGUAAAAAAAUUUAUUCGUCGUCAAGUACUACGAAAUCGAUUCCUACUCCUCAACCUUCAACACCAAUCAUCAAAGCAACUAUCUAUCAUAAUGCAUCGAAAUUACAUAAUAAUGACGGUGAUGAUGGAACAUUAAUUGUACCUGUACGUCGAUUCACGAAUGGAUCAAAUGCGACACCAAUUAGUGAAGCAUAUGAUCAACCUAAAUCUUACGAUAAUGUGGCGGUUAUGUCUACGCCAGUCGAUCGGAAUAAUAAUCAUGUUGUUGUUCCGUCUCAACGACGCGAUAAAAUCAAAAACCAUGAUCAACAUCAACGUUCUGAAUCUCAUUCUUCUCGACCCAAUGGUCAGAAUUCUCAUCGUGCAAAAUCAAAAUCAUCUCGCUCAAACAACGAACAGUCUUCCUCUCCUGAAAACACCGUUUUCUGUCUACGUGUAUCGGACAAUUCCUCCGCUCAACAUCGACAUGCUCGUCAUCGUCCGAAUGCAGUGCCACAUCGUUCACCUAUCCCCAAUACACCAACAGAAUAUGUUAAUAAACUUGCAAAUCUCUUCACAAAACCAUUUGCAUCAUCGACCAUGUCAGUUCCACAGACACCGAAUCUGAAUGAACACCGUACUCGUACGCAAGCCUAUGAUACCGUUCCAUCCUCCCCAAUACCAGUGCCUCGUUUUACACACAGUCAAACCCAAUCGCCAUCUGACACAACCGAUGAGCAACGCAUUCAAUUUCGAGAACAACCGAAACCAAAACGUAUCUACGAUAUUCCAAUAACUAUUGAACGUUCAACUAAGUGUAUUGUUACUCCAUUUGAUCAAUAUCAACGACCAACGAUACGAAAUGCUCGAUCUGUUGAACCAUUACUUUCAUCUGCAAUGACAAGUCAAGAUGAUGGUGACGAAGAAACUCCGUAUGCUCAAGGUUACGAUAAUCUAACAAAAAGCGAAGGAAUUGGCAAAUUUCGUUUCGUCAUUCCAUUCAAUCAUAGUCCUACGUCUGCUUUCAUAUCAUCAAAACCGACACCAAAAUCUAUUAGUUCGUCAUUUAUGACAAUGCGACCACCCUCAUCGAUCCGAAAUGCAAAUAUAAACAACAAUAACAAUUCGAGUACACGUUCGACAUUGAUGACGGCAGUCUAA